AUGUUUAAUAGGAUAAAGAAUAGGAGGGUGCGUUUAUUACAACUAAUCCUGACUCGUGGAGUGCGUACCAGAGUUCCAAUAAAACCACUACGUAAAAAAGAGGAGCCGUUCUCCACACCCACAAUGGGGCAACCCGAACAGGCCGGUCCAAAUGACAAACCUGAGAACAAAGACCCUAGAUACACAUUGAGCAAGUUUUCAAAGGACAAUACUGAUUUUGUAUCACGGAUUAUCUCAGAAAUGAAGUUCAAAACACCUGACCAAAUCAAAGCCGAACUCAGCGCAAGGUUUGAAAAAGAUGGAAUUGAAGUAGACGAAGAGUUUAUUGAUCAAAUGAUAACACAGUCUACAAGGGAAGAACGUAGUGUGCGUGAGUACAUUAGUAACCCGAAAAAAGCCAUGGACAAAAUCAAUGAGGAAGAAAUAAAUAGUUAUGUCGACUGGAUAAUAAAUGAUGGUUUUGAACGCUUACAGACCCAGAAGAGAGAUUUGCAUAAGCGUAAAAUGGAGAUACGGGAGAAACUGAACGAUUUUAUGAUGAAUGAAAAUGCAAAUACUGGUGACCCAAAGGCACUUACCAAUGCCUUCCAAAUGGCACAAGAAAUGACUAUGCUGAAUUCAGACUCCUCCUUGGAUAAACUACCGAUCCUUUUAAAACAUUUGACUAAGUUGUCAAAUGCUGAUUUGCAAAAAUCUGUAGAGUUGGGAAAAUACGCCGCUCUAUAUGAAAUUUCCACACAACUGUUGGAGGACCAUAAUAGAGAUAUGUGUAUUUACUUGUGUGGGAAACUUUUGUAUUCUGCCCUGGGCAGAGAGUAUGGUCCAAGAGCCCGACCAGAUGCCAUCAAUGAAAAGUUCUUCAUCGAGAGUUGUAUGAAGUUCGAUGAUAACGACAGAGCGCUAGAGUUGUUUUUAUCCAGAAGAGAUAAAGAUGUCAAAAAUGAACGGUUUUGGGUCGAAUUGGGUGCUCAUGUUUAUCUGUCGAGGUACUCUAAAACCGGAGACACCAAAGAAUUAGAUUCCGGUAUUGAGUUAAUCAAUGAAACUAGAGAUAGGUGGGAGUAUACAAGUAACAUCCUUCUAAUCGAUGGAUUGAAAAGGUGUUGUACUAAGGGUAAUUUUGAAGAUGCAGAGUGGUUCUGGGAGGAAAUUGAAAUAAACAUCGAUAGACACGGUAUUGUCAAACAAAUAGAAGUUCCUGAAGCUAAAUUGUUUGACGAGAAUGAGAGAAACAAGGUUUUUCAAUAUUACAAUAGAGUUGAGCCUCUGUCUUAUGAUAGUUUACUAGAAUGUAUUUUUGCCUUUAUCGGUAGCAUGAAGAUUGAAAAAGGUAUUGGAAUUUUGACAACUAUCGCCACAAUUGACAAUGAAUUUACCACUUAUUUCUUGGAUAAAUUUGCUCUUCAAUUCAAAUAUCCUGGUAGAGAGCUACUUUUGUUUGAGCUUGAAAACAAUGAUAAAGAUUUUGAUCAUGAACUUAGAAGUUAUCUAAUAGAAAAUAUCAGCCAGUUGCAUAAAAAUAGAUGUUCUUCUGUUGUUGAAGCAAAAAUAUUAGCAGAUAUUAGUAUUUACCUCGAAAGGCUGUCCCUUUUAAAGAACAAGAAUUUAUCCAAGAUAAAUGAUUUACAAGAGCUAGUCAACAGUGGGGAGAAAUUCACAUCAUUUGAUAUCAAAUCAUUGUUGAAAAUUUUACUUGAUCACAAAUCAACAACCUCAUUCCAGAUUGCAAGUAGAUUGAUUCACCUAAUGAGCGAGUACAAACUCUCCAAGAAUAACUCUGGGAUUUUACCGCCAGCAAGUUCUCACACAUAUAGUGAAUUUUUUAAGGUUUUCCUUUCACAUCCAGCGCAGAGAAUUAAUGAGUUGAACCAAUUUUUGAAUAUGAUGGCACAAUUUGAAAUAAAAUUGGAUCAAUCUUUGGCGACCAAGAUUAUCAUGUCUUACCAUUCGAAAAAUUUGUAUACCGAAGCCUUGGAAUUUAUCACAAAAUACGUUUUCUCAGAUAAUCCAAUUGCAGUCAAUAAUGUCAGACUCGGUAAACCAGGAUCAAAGAAUUUGUAUACAUGGAUACUAUUGACUUAUUAUAAGAUGAUUCUAAUUGGAGAGAAAAAUAGUGAUUUGGUGACUUCAAGACUAGAAUCUUUGCAUUUUUUUGUUAGAGAAAUGAUGAAUCGCCAUGUUGAUGACACAUAUACUUUUCAGGAAACAAUUGGCACGUUAUUAGCAUACGGUGAUUAUCAGGGUACUAUCUGUUUGGUGCAAUGGUAUGGACACAUACUAGGAAAAAAUAAACUAAGCUUUGAUUUGAUGUUAGCUAUUAAAACAAAACUAGAGCUUUCUAUCAUAAAAGCAGAGAAGUAUUUGCUCAGUGAAAAUAGGAACUUACAUGAUUCCCAGAAAACUAGAAUAAAUAAUUAUCGUAGAGAAUUUGGUAUUCAAUCAUUACACGAUGACAUGAAGACUAAAAGAGACUACACAUGGCAAGAGGUUGCCAUUGUUCUUUACCAGUAUGCAGAUUUAUUUGGUUACCGUUCCACAUAUUCCAAAGAUGACCCAUUUUCUAUGGUUUUAUCAGAUGAGCAGCGUAACCUUAACAAGGAUGUGUUUGAUCAACAAUUACAAAGCCUACAAGAUUUUUUCGGAAUUCCAAAAUGGAUACCGUAA